GAGGCAUGCCAGAGAAGGAAGUUUGCAGAGUCCAAGGGGUUCAGAGAAGAUUGCAGUGGGACUGCCUCUGAGAGGGAGUGUUUCCAUCACCAAUUCCUGACGGGUUUACCUUCUGGGACUCCGACCUUGGACUGCUGCCGGGACAUUUGUCUUGGACUUGUUCUCUGGACUGGUCACUAAGGAUUUUCCCUGGAGCAUGACUUUGAAUAUGACACUUCAGUAAUGCAGAAGCUGUAUCCUCCCUGGGCCUAUCUUGGAAGCUAGUUCUGCAGCCGCCCUUCAGUCAUGAUUGUUUCAAGAUUAAAGGCCAUUUCCCUGUCAUUGCCAAGCCUUUUUCUUCUUGCUUUUCAUCUCUCAGCAUCACAGAAUGCACCUGAAUACUCUGAAGCUGAACAUCAGCAGUGUGUCAGGAAAGAACACCCCACAAUUGCUUUUGAAGAUCUGAAGCCCUGGGUGUCGAAUUUCACCUAUCCAGGUGUGCAUGACUUUUCUCAGCUUGCACUGGAUGCCAACAGGAACCAACUCAUUGUGGGAGCAAGGAACUACCUCUUCAGACUUAGUCUACACAACGUUUCUCUUAUUCAGGCAACAGCAUGGGGUUCAGAUGAAGACACCAGGAGGUCCUGUCAAAGUAAAGGGAAAACAGAGGAAGAGUGCCAGAACUAUGUCCGAGUGCUGAUUGUUUAUGGCAAGAAGGUUUUUACCUGUGGUACCAACGCCUUUUCACCAGUGUGUUCCAGUCGACAGGUAGGAAAUCUCAGCAAAAUCAUUGACAGAAUUAAUGGAGUGGCUCGGUGCCCAUAUGACCCUCGGCAUAACUCGACAGCUGUGAUUACAUCACGAGGAGAACUGUAUGCUGCAACUGUGAUUGAUUUUUCUGGACGGGAUCCUGCUAUUUACCGCAGCCUUGGAAAUGUUCCCCCACUUAGGACAGCACAAUACAACUCCAAAUGGCUCAAUGAGCCUAACUUUAUUGCUGCCUAUGACAUUGGUUUGUUCACCUACUUCUUCUUCCGUGAGAAUGCAGUGGAACAUGACUGUGGGAAAACAGUGUAUUCUCGUGUGGCAAGGGUUUGCAAAAAUGAUAUUGGAGGGAGAUUUUUGCUGGAGGACACAUGGACAACCUUCAUGAAGGCCAGACUGAACUGCUCCCGUGCUGGAGAAAUCCCUUUCUAUUACAAUGAAUUGCAAAGCACCUUCUACCUUCCUGAGCAAGAUCUGAUCUAUGGUGUCUUCACUACUAAUGUAAACAGCAUAGCUGCCUCAGCAGUGUGUGCCUUCAAUCUGAGUGCCAUUACUCAGGCAUUUAAUGGCCCUUUCCGUUACCAAGAAAACCCAAGAUCAGCCUGGCUGCCAACGUUAAACCCCAUCCCUAAUUUCCAGUGUGGGACGCUGAAUGAUGACAGCCCUAAUGAGAACCUGACGGAGAGAGUCCUGCAGGAUGCACAGCGCCUGUUCCUGAUGAAUGAUGUCGUGCAGCCGGUGACUGUAGAUCCGUACGUGACUCAGGACAGCAUUCGAUUUUCCAAACUGGUGGUUGAUAUUGUUCAGGGGAAGGAUACUCUCUACCACGUGAUGUAUAUUGGAACAGAGUAUGGCACCAUCUUGAAGGCCCUUUCUACCACUAACAGGAGCCUAAGGAGUUGUUAUUUAGAGGAAAUGCAGAUCCUCCCUGAUGGACAACGGGAAGCAAUCAAGAGUCUCCAAAUCCUGCACAGCGACAGGUCGCUCUUUGUGGGCUUAAAUAAUGGAGUGCUAAAAAUUCCUCUGGAGAGAUGCUCCAUGUACAGAACAGAAGGGGAAUGCCUAGGAGCCAGAGACCCUUACUGCGGCUGGGACAGCAAGCAGAAGCGAUGCACCACCAUUGAGGACAGCUCCAACAUGAGCCUGUGGACUCAAAAUAUUACUGAAUGCCCAGUGAAAAACCUGACAACAAAUGGAAGAUUGGGGCCUUGGUCCCCAUGGCAACUGUGUGAGCAUUCGGAUGGGGACAGCACAGGCUCCUGUAUGUGUAGGUCACGUUCAUGUGACAGCCCUCGUCCUCGCUGUGGAGGUCGUGCUUGUGAAGGGGCCAGGAUUGAGGUUGCAAAUUGUUCAAGAAAUGGUGCUUGGACACCCUGGUCUUCCUGGGCCCCAUGCAGCACCUCUUGCGGGAUUGGCUUCCAGGUCCGCCAGCGAUCCUGCAGCAAUCCUGCUCCACGGUAUGGGGGCAGGGUCUGCGUUGGACAGAGCAGGGAAGAAAGAUUCUGUAACGAGAACAGUCCAUGUCCAUUACCAAUUUUUUGGUCUUCAUGGGGACCUUGGAAUAAAUGUAGCGUGAACUGUGGUGGAGGGAUUCACUCAAGGCAGAGGUCCUGUGAAAAUGGAAAUACAUGUCCAGGCUGUGCUGUGGAAUAUAAGACCUGCAACCCAGAGAGCUGCCCGGAGGUGCGCAGGAACACACCCUGGACCCCCUGGAUGCCUGUGAACAUCACCCAGAAUGGUGCCCGCCAGGAGCAGCGCUUCCGCUACACGUGUCGUGCCCAGCUGUCAGACCCCCACGAGCUGCAGUUUGGGAGGAAGAAAACCGAGAGUCGUUUCUGCCCCAACGAUGGCUCAGCAGUGUGUGAUACUGACUCUCUUGUUGAUGACCUCCUCAAGACUGGUAAGACCACUGCACGGAUUAUCAAUGGGGGCUGGUCCUUUUGGGGGGCCUGGUCUUCCUGUUCCAGGGACUGUGAGCUGGGCUUUAGGAUCAGGAAGAGAACAUGCACAAACCCUGAACCUAAAAAUGGUGGCUUGCCCUGUGUGGGGUCAGCGAUGGAGUACCAAGACUGCAAUCCUCAUCCCUGCCCAGUGAAAGGCUCCUGGUCUUGCUGGACUCCAUGGUCUCACUGCUCAGCAACCUGUGGAGGUGGGCACUACCAGCGCACGCGGACGUGCACCAAUCCAGCCCCGUCCAGCGGGGAGGAUAUCUGCAUUGGCCUGCACACCGAGGAGGCCCUCUGCAACACGCACCCCUGCGAAGGUGGCUGGUCAGAGUGGUCGGAGUGGAGCCUGUGUAACGAAGAGGGCAUCCAGUACCGCAGCCGCUACUGCGAGGUGCAAAGCCCAGACUCUUCUCAGUGCGUCGGGAACAGCACCCAGUACCAAGAUUGCCUGUAUAAUGAAAUCCCCGUGAUCCUGCCAGCCUCCAGCAUUGAUGAGAGCACGAACUGUGGAGGUUUUAGUCUCAUCCAUCUGAUUGCCACUGGGGUCUCCUGUUUCUUUGGCUCUAGCCUCUUAACGUUUGUGAUUUACGUGUACUGCCAGCGCUGUCAGAGGCAGUCCCAGGAGUCCACUGUUAUCCACCCAACCACUCCCAACCAUCUCCAUUACAAGGGCAACACAACCCCCAAGAACGAGAAGUACACCCCUAUGGAGUUCAAGACACUUAACAAGAACAAUUUGAUACCAGAUGACAGGACCAACUUCUACCCGUUGCAGCAAACCAAUGUGUACACAACAACCUAUUAUCCCAGUACACUGAAUAAAUAUGACUACAGGCCCGAGGCCUCCCCUGGAAGGACCUUUACCAACAGCUGAUGAUGGACAGAUCCUACAGGACUGAAUAACUUCCUAUAUGAUUUUUUUUUUAAUUGAUUUUAUGGACCAAAUACCGGCCCAGCCUCUAGAUGUAAAUAUUGUACAGUAGGGUCUUUUUUUUUUCCUUUGGUUAAUUGUAUUUCUUGUAAACAGCACAUCUCCUUACAAGGACAAAAAUGCAUAUGGACCAUUCUGCAGAGCUUUUGUGGACAUUUGGCUGGAGAUGGCUCUUACUACUGCAGCUGUUUAUGGCGGGAAGAUCAGUGUUGCUGUCCAAGGCCGACGUUGUCGAGGAGGGGGAUGUGUGCUGGGCUUGGUGGCUGCUGUGCAGCAGCACACAACACACAGGAGCACUCCAAGCAAGGCCAGAGGUGGCCUUCCUGGGGAAGUGGAGUCUGUCUGGUGAAGAGCAUCCUUCCUGAGCCAGGAUAGCAAUGCUGUGCUGGAUGACACACAGCUUGUGAGACAGGCCAAACAGCACUCCAUCGUGCCAACAACUUGAAGAACAUUUUCUUUUCCUUUUUUUAUUUUUGAUUUUUUUUUUAAUGUUUCUGGAAAAAAAAGUAGUAACUUUCUAGGGCAGUGUUCCCUUUAUCUUCAACAGAAUCUUUUCAUAUUACAGGAAAUACUCUCUGCAGCCUUCUUUGGUAAUAUGCAGUUCAGCUGAUGAGAAACAACACACAAACAAAGUGCAUUAUCCAAAGAAGCUUUCCAGAAUGUUUCCAGUCUUAAUUAAAAUUAUACAGGCAGUGAGACACUGAGAAAAGUAAAUGUUGGAAUAACAUCGGAGACAUGAACUUGGAGUGCCUAACAAACAAAGAUGUUUAUAUCAGUGGAAAAAGAGAUGUGAUGAUUGCCGCACAAGAGCCAUGGGCUUAUUUUCUUUCUUCCUUUUUCUUUUUUUCUGAGACAGUGUUAACUCUUUUGUUCUAGCUCUGAUCCUGAUUGCGUCUGCCAGGAAAGGCAACUUUAGAGGCCAUGCUCUUCUUGUGGGAAAUCACCAUGCUUUGGGCUAAUAUUUCCUCUUGUUUUAUUAUUGGGUUUUAGUUCCUUUACUCUCAAAGAGUGAAUAAUUCUGACUUUGCAGGGGUAAGGUAUUUUUGUAAGGAAUGUUUCCGUAGUCUGACAUGACCCAGAAAGUCUGCUGCACAUUCUUAUAGUGUCUUCCAGUGAAAUUGUAACACAGCUGAGUAAUGUGCAUUGUUUGCCAAUAUUUCUUUAUUUUUUCUGAGAAAAACAACCCAACAAACAAAUGCUGCUGCAGCUAUUGAAGUAAAUUGGGGUGGUAGCACUAUUAAACAGUAUAUCCAGCCUUGAAAUGUAAUUUUGUGUAUGUGUGUGACUGUGUCUAUAAGAACUGUAUUAGUCUGAUGCAGAAGCCAUGUUGUCUACAACCAGAUGUUUGUCUGACAUAAUUGUUUGGCAAAAAGGAAACUUAUUGCUGGUGCUUAAUGUACAAUUACAUCCAGUGUGUUAGCAACGUGAACAAGUUCACCGCUGUUAUCAUUCAGUGUUUCUAAAUAUUUAUAAUGAACUCCUGAUGCUAAGGAUUUUAGAAUGUCGCAAUACAGAGCAUGAGAUAAAAGUACACCCUGAAAUGCGCAUGAGCUCCAUGUGGUCCUGAGCUUGGCUUUGUCGUCUGCAUCUUACUCGAGCAGUUGCCAUGCCCGUGCCUGGCCACUGACCCGGCCGUGUUCCCAGCAGUCCUGUCUGUCUGUGCUUAAUUCCAGAUUUCGCUGUAAGCCGACAUUGAUUGUUGCUCAGUGCUGUUCCUUUGCAGUCGCUUGUUUGGAAGUCCGGCUUGGGCUGUGUACUCAGCUCUUUCACAUAGGCAGCUGGUAGGAAAUGAAGGAAGACUGUGUUGCUUGUGACAAGUAUAUUGCUUUUCCUGUGAGGAAGAGUCAGCAUGGCUCUGUAAGCCUGUGUUAUGGCAGUUUGACCAGAAGGCAAGUAUGAAAUAGCCUCCCAUUUUUAAAUUACUUUGUUUGACUUCAGUUUGCAGUGAUUGAAGGCUGUAGGGAUAUUUGUAAUAGAGUGGGGUCAUUAGCACUGCCACAAGGACACCUUUGGCUCAGCAGUACCCAUCUUCAGCUGCUGCUUUUCUGAUUUAGCAGCUGGUCCUGCUUCUGCUCUGGUCCCACCAGAUAAAAUAGAGGGGGCAGAGGGAGAUAGAGAGUUGCUCUUAAAUAGAUUUUAAGCGGAUACAGACGUAGAAGAUCUGUCUGAAGCAACCUGCUGCAACCCUCCAAGUAGGCACGGGGGUUCGGCACUUCUGACUCCUUCCAGCAGCACAGCCAGGCAAGAGCAGCAGGAGUGAAACAGGAACACCAGGGAAGCAGGAGAGCACUGGUAGCAGGUACCAGCCCCUGCAGAGAGGCUCUUCCCAGGCCCCUAAAUUCCAUUUGAGGAGCAGUGACUUUGUGCCUUCAUGCCAUGACGAGUUCACUCUGUCUCACUGAAUUUCCACAUUCCUGUCAGCAACACUGAAGAUUCCAAUUUAAAGUAAUUUUAACAAGUAUGUAGCCAUGGGGUUGAAAAUUAUUAUAUUAGACUAUCAGGAUGGGAUUGCCCAGAUUUAGUUUAUGUGAUUCAGGAGAAAACACUGGCUCCCAGGAUCGUUCUAGCUAUGGUAGAAUCAAAGCCGUCUCUGAGCUUCCCCUUCAGAAGAUUCCCUGUAUUGACACACUCUGCAAUUACCAUGCACAUGGCAAGAUUGCAGCUGGAGUUGGGGAGGGAUGCAAGUCAAACCUUGCAAUUAUCUCAAUUUUUUAUUUUUCCUUUCUCUUUCCCCCUCCACCCCCAAACAUUUUUUCCCUUUUUGGCUUCACAGAAUAACAUGAUGUAAACUGAUUUUUUUUUUCCCAAAGUACUGUAUAGUAGAUGAAAUUAUUUAAGUGUUCAACUCACCAAGACAAGUGAUUACUGCCAUUGUGCUCAGGAGGUGGAUAUUGGAGGCUAUUGGAGGCAAAUGCUUUGAGGGUGAUGCAUGUGGUUGUAGUUUCAUCAAGACAUUCCUUCUUACCAGCCAUCCAAAUGGAUUCAGCCCUUUUUCAUGUAAUUGGCAAUCACAGCAAGGGGCUGUAGUCUCCAUUCAAGCAGAAAGCAGAAUCCAGGAGAGAGUGAAAAAAAAGAAAUCAGAACACUUAUUACUCAAUUAAUGUUUGCAGGAGAGUGCAGUUCUUUAAGGAGGAUGUUAAUGCGGUGUGAGAGUUGCAUUUUUUAUGAGCUCUCUAAUGCGUGGCAGGUUAAUGACACCAUGUACAGUGAUAUCUUGCAAUCCAGGUAAUUCAGCACAUUGAGCAUCAGGUCUGUAAUAUCUGUAUCAGUUUGAAUUGCUUUUACAGCUGGAUGUUAAACUUGCUAAAACUUCCUGUUCCUAAGGCCAUCUCAAAGUACACUGGAAAUGCAUUUCCUGUGGGAAUAUUGCUUUC